GGCAACAAGUUAGCCUCUAUCUAAUUUUUCCUGAAUUCAAUUAAGCCACACAUUGUCCUCUUGUUGCUCUAUGCACGGCUGAAGAUCUCCCAAGCAAAAGGAUUGCCCACUUUAGUUUAGAAUCAGAUUAGCCUCUCAUGUUUUUCCUCACUGCCGCAAGCCACAAGAAAUAUAGCUCAAAGAAAGAAUUUCAUUGCAUUCCCUUUUCUCACGUACACAAACCGUGAACUACCUUGAAGGCAAAUGAUCAUCCAAAUUUCUAUUCUUUUUCCACUGCAUGUUUCGGCUGAGUGGAGCAAUCAACAAGGAGAUUUGGAACAUAAUCUCACACACUUCUCUCCCUCUCCUUUCGGCUGAAAACUCCCAAGCAAGGAGGUAGGCGUUUGUCUCUUUGUGGCUGUUUCCUACUAGAUCGGUCCUAAUUCAGUUUUGUUGUUUUUUCCACUGCAUGCUCAAGACUCAGCCAUGAUUGAGCCAUUCUUUCUCCUUGCAUGCAAAGACAAGAGUGUGAGAGUGAGAGCAGAACCUUUGGUGGUUGUCCCAUUCAACGAUGGUGAAACAAUUGGGCACUUGAAGUGGGCACAAAUCGUGAAUUGCUCCUCCAACCCCCAUUCAAUGUGCGGCUGUGAAGGUUCAUAAACCUUAAGGAUGCCGGAUGGACUUGGGGGCUGUUUUGAUUAAAAAUGUUAAAGACUCGAGGUCUUAGUUAUGCCUUCAGCUGUUGUGGGGACAGUACGCUCAUUGGAGCGUGACUCUAAUGCCUGCAAGGUUGCAAGAGCGGGAGAUAACGUAGCUGUAACAUUGCUAGGUGUAGAUGGAAGUCGUGUAAUGGCAGGAGGUGUACUAUCCCAUCCUGACUUUCCUGUCACAGUUGCAAAGCAUUUGGAGUUGAAAGUACUUCUCUUGGAUGGUGCAAGUCCCUUAUUGGGGGGCUCUCAGUUAGAGUUUCAUAUACACCAUGCAAAGGAACCUGCUAGAGUUUCAAAAAUAUUGUCAGUACUUGAUCCCAAGACUGGUAAGGUAACCAAAAAGUCCCCACGCUGUCUUACUGCAAAGCAAAGUGCAGUAAUUGAGGUGAUUUUGCACGAGACAGUCUGUGUAGUAGAGUUCUCUAGUUGCAAAGCACUUGGAAGGGUGUCCUUAAGAUCAUUAAGAAGAACAAUUGCUGUUGGACUUGUGACAACAAUUAUUGAAGAUGAAAAUUAGUUUAUGAUAUUUGUCAUAAAAGAUUAGAUGAUGAUAACAUGGAGAAUUUAAUGGUAUUUUCAGUAAACAUCUUUGUUUGCCAUCUAAGUCUAGAAUUAGUUAUGGUGGCAGACAGCGGGCGGCUGUGUGACUCUUGUUGAGUUUCUCGGGUCAAUAUGUGAAUUAUGUAAGAGUAGUCCAGUUUUUUUUUUUUUGUCACUAUAUAUGUAUCAUAGGAAUAAAUCUUUGGUGCUACUGCUGCACCAAGAUUCAGUGCAUCCCAUCAAUGAAAUUAUUACACAUCAUAGGAGAGAGAAAAAAUUUGACAGAGAAAAAAAACUUUAGCUGACAUGUAAUAAUUUUAUUAGUGGGAUGUACUGAAUCUUUGGUGCAACAGUAGCACCAAAGAUUUAUUCGUAUCAUAGGUGAGCGUUCCUUUUCAUUAGUCUGGAGUUCUACUAUAGCAAUCUAGUGGGAUUAGAAGACAGAAAAAUGAUGUAUCCGUUGGAUGUAAUUGCUUUUAUUCUUUGAUGCCUAGACUUCAGCAUAGAUUGAUCUGCUUAUAAUAAAGCACUGCAUCACUUGUUUAUAUUCGGGGCUUGCAAAUCAUGAAAAACUCCUGGUGUUGUUCUCGGGGAAGGCAUUAUUUUUCUACUUACGGUCUCUGGUUAAGGAAUGUGGUCUGGGACCAUCCUGUUGCUUGUAGAGAAUCAAUGAAUGAUCCAAAAUUGGAUCAAAUAAUGUCGGUGAUUUUUUAUUUUUGGUGAGGCUUUGGACCUAUGUUGCGGUUCUGGUGGAGGAGUCUUCUCUAGUGGAUUCCGUUGUGGCUCCCUAAUGGCCUAAUGGGUUAUGGGAAAGCGGGGAAAUGAAUUUUUUCGUAUCUGAAUUUGACCUAUGUUCUGGUGUGAGAAGAUUUUAUUCAUUCAUUAUUAAUCAAUCCUCAUGUUAGAGUUGCAUAGAAGCUUGAUUUACCUUAAUGAAAUAUAUAGUUUUUAAUUA